AUGACAAUAGAAGGCCGUCGUAGGGUUGAUGUUGUAACUGUUUUCUUGAUGGAUAGUAACGGGGAUCCUGGUGCGAGUGCACUUUCAGCGUUAUGUGAAAGAUUAAGGUCGGAGAAGCUUUUGGUUGCGAGUGAAUUGGAGACGUUACACAAAUUGAAUGAACAAGUUGAUGCUGAGCAGAUGUCACUGGCACAACUUUCGUGGGUUGGCAGACAGCAGCAAAUAAUACUGUCACGUUUGGUGAAUUCUCAUCCGAAAGUACGUCCCGAAAACUGUUGUAAACUGAAUGCUAUUCUUGAUUCUGCUCAAUUUCUUGACGGUUAUCAUAGGAUUGGUGCACAAUAUCAUGGCACUGUCGUAAAUGUUUUGAACCUUUUAUUAAACUCGACAGAGUCUGUUGCUGAAAUUCUUCACGCAGUGGACCAAAUAAAGGACGGCAUAGCUGAAUGUACCACAGACGACAUUCUUUCACCAGAAUUCGUUCCUUGUGUCUUUAGUUUGCUUUACGGGUGCUGUGUUUUUCCAACAGAUGAACGACGUAUGCUCCAAGUUCUUUCUCAUCUUGUUCGCAUUCAAUUGGCCACUUGUGAAAGCCCUCGGCUGCUUCUUCGAAAAGGGACUGCUGCUUUUUGCCGUUUGUAUAAACUUUUUUCUGAAGGAUUAUUUACUGCAAAGAUAUUCCUCACAGCAGCCCUACAUGACCCUAUAAUGUUUGUUUUAAGUCAAGAUGAACUUUUUUUGGAUAUUGAUCCUUCUAAGUCUGCCAUUCGUUUUCCGUUGGAGGAAAGAAGGAGAAGGUUUGGUGAGGAUGAAAAUUCGUUAAGUUAUUUGCAAAAAUUAACUGCGCAUCGAAGGAUAAUUGAGUUGAAACUGAAGGCCAUUACGUCUCGUUUCAUUCAGGGAAUAACACAUGCUAUGACUUGUUUCCCACGAACUUUAAGUUGGCUUGUUCGGCACAUACAUUCUGUUUUAUCAGAGGGAAAAAGGACCAAACCAGAUGAGAUAACACUGAUUUGUACGGAUUUGAUUUUUACGCAUCUCAUUUGCCCGGCUAUUGCGAAUCCUGAAACGCUUGGGGUUAUUUCAGACACACCUAUUACAUAUAUUGCUAGGUUUAACUUGAUGCAAGUUGGUCAGAUUUUGCAAACUCUAGCGCUUGCUCCGUAUGAACAGCCUCCUUCUCACCUUGCCUACUUUUAUUCCCACUUUGAUCAAGUAUCGGUUUUUCAAGUAGUGAAAACUGUUUUGGGGAAAGCAGAGGAGUCGUUGGAUACCUUGUUUCCGUCAAUAACCUCCGAGUCACAAGGUUCUGACCAGUCAGUUCGACGUUUUUUUAUUGGUACCCUCGCAGAGCUUCACUGUUUGCAUUCUGUAUUGCGUUCACCUGCAGUAGAUCAUCUCAGUGAUGCUGAGGUUCGUCGAGAACUUCGGUCGUUAAUGCGACGAUUACCAAUUCGUUUCGAUCUAGGGAUGAUUCUAGAUAAAUUCGACAAUGACAUGGUUUGUUUUUACGACAGGAUUUCUCUGGCAGUUGUAGAUGUUAAGAAACCUACAGCUGUUGAGUGUCCUGAUUCUUGCAGUUCGUCUCCUUCUGGUCGCGGCGCAAAACUGCGUAAUUUUGCUGACAGAGAGUCUAGGUUUUGCAAAAGAUUUAAAAAGUUUUCUCCGCUACUGCGCAAUUGUCGCUUGCUUGAUAAGGUCUUCAACAUUAUUUUGAUGCCUUACUUUGCAGAUCCGGUUGUGGCAGUUGUGGCGCUGCUUGCAAUUCAAACUGCUGCUCAUAAGGGAAGACUACGGAUGCAGAAUAGUACGAUAAGCGAUACUUCUGGCGCAGCUUGUGAACAACGUGAUUUGAAAAUCGAAGUUUUGAUAUUUCCGCUGGGUGAAAACCGAGAACCACUAGGCUUAUGCGCCGAAGACAAAUUUAUGGAAGCAAAUAAGCAGAUGGGAAGUUUUCGUAAACAUAAAGUUUCUGAUGAUUCUGCUGAAAAGAGAACUCGUUUUGUCGAUACGGAAAGUCUUUCUGACAGAACUACAGAAGUCGGAAGCGACGAAGAGGCGGGAAGUUUGUCUUCUUCCAUUGAAGCUAAUGACGAUGGGGAAGACAUAUCAACGCUCCCGGAUAACUUUAGUGAUAUGCUACCUAUCAGUGCCAAUGUGUCAGGUAGAGAGUCCCCUAGUAUUAGUGGUCCUCCUUCUGUGAGUGGUCACGAGAAUCCUCAUUCUGCAAAUGCAGCUGAACGUUCUCAUAGUUCUGGAAUUUCGGGUCAAGGGAUCAAUAUAGAGACGCCACGGCAUAUGCCCAAUCUACCAGUUUCUGUCAGACGGGAAAAUACCGAAGGGUUAGAAGACAAGUUUGGGAAGUUUGGUAUUCCUCAGCAGGAUGGACAACACAAAUAUCGUGACGACACGCAUUCACUGGUAAGCGAUAGUUGGUCUACCGAUGUACUUCCUUCUGAUACGGAGGGAUUUCUUUCCGAAAACAGGCAUGAUGUCAGUGGUUCUGCCCCUACUGGACAGUUGCCGGUCAUACCUGUACUUCCAGCAGUCACUGAAGCUGGGCCUAGUAGGCAUGGCGUGGCGGCCAUUCAUCAAGGCUUGCCACUUGUUAGAAGGUUUCAGCCAGGAGGUUUUGUUGCGGGGUUACCCGCUCCUGCUGUAAACACCGAAGAUCGAAGUGACACAUGGUCCGUUGAUGCAACAGCUAGUGAUUCAGAGGCUGAUCCAGCGCGAAACGAUGAUUUACUUAUGAUCGAUGAGCCAGAUUUAAUUGAAAGAACAUCUACAGCAAGUGGUAAUGGUAGUUCUCGUAUUGUUUCUGGCGAAAGCAGUGGGAGUUUAGCGAUAUGUGCCAGUGCUGCAGCACAAGCUCGUGCUAGAGCAGGCCGUAGUUUGAAUUCUGAAAAUCCGGCUUCUAGUGACACCUUAGUUCCCGGACAUUCUCGCGGAAAUAGGAAGCCUGUUGAUGUUUCCAUAUUCCGCGACAUCACGAGUGCAACAUCCGGAAAUGUAAUUACAGCAGGGACUUCAGUGGGUAGUACUGGACGCUUGCGACGUCAGUCCAGUGGAAGUUCUUUCUAUUCUAAAUCAGACGUUGAUUCUGAAUUUUCCAAAGAUCUGAAUGAUGAUGUUCUUUCAUCUCUCGUGGGUGAUUAUACUCCUUCAUUCCGAAAUAGCAUUGGGGAAAUAGUGGCACCAUCGAGUCCUGCUGUAUCUGUUCUGGCAAAUGCAGGGUCGUUUUGCAACGAUGAUGCGGAAAGCAGUGCGAACAGCAUAGCCCAUAGAGAGGGUUCACUGAGUCCAUCAAAAACUAACGCAAAGAAUGAUUUUCUGAAGGCGGAAGUCAAUGACCUCCAUGAUGAACCAAUCACGAUGAAGUCUCAUAAUUCUGAGAACAAAAAAGAUGAAGAGAGGAACGGGAACGAAAUCAGUGAAGAAGAAGUACGUACAAAGUGGACGAGUACAGAACCAGCGCCAAAAAUUACAGGGAGAAGUUUUGAUGAACAUGCAACUCCUCUAGCAAAAAACAAACCUCAGUCGAUUGGACUAAAGAAGAAUAUAUUUCAUGGUUUACAGAAAGUGGGAGAAACUUUGAAGAUGAGAAAAGACAUGGCUGUUAGUACUAUGCGACAAUCUCUGUCACAGUCGUCUUCAAUUAAUGAUCUUGGUUCUCCAAACUCCAAGAGGUGCCAAAAAAAACUCAACAAUAGUGAGGACACGGACGCAACUCCUCGUCGAUUGAUUGAAAGUCGUUCGCUAAACGCACUGAAUGUUUCAUCCCAAAAACCGCUGCAAACUGCUGAUGCUAUUCUUGACAAGUACAAAGGAAAGUCACUACCUCACUCAUCUGAAGAGAAUCCGACAAAGCCCUGUAGUGAAGCGGUGAAAAAUCCUUCUGUUGAGAGUGUUGAACCAACAGCAUUAUAUUACGAUGCAGCUAAUUUGACCAACUGCCGAGCAUUCUUAGAUGUGAAGAGGAAAUUGAGAGUUGUUCUGAGUUCUGUCGGUUCUGUACCUGGUUUGGCAAGCUCAUCAGUACUAUCUGAUAAUUCUGGCGCAUUAAAUUCAGCUCGUACUAGUAAAAGUUCUAGGAGCGGCGAAAAGACAGAGUCAGAACAUCUUGUGGAUUUUCUAAAUGUGCUGCUUGCUGAAAGUAUCAAUAGUCAGAAUAAAACUCUGAGCGCUCAAAUUCGCGAAGUUCUGAGAUGUUUAACAACAUUUGAUAGAAAAGGGAUACGGAAAUUGUUACGAACACUGAAAGACGAACAUCGGAGUAGAACAGCUUACUUGAUGUACUUGCAACAAUCUAGACUUAAUUUGUUGCAGUUACGUUCCUACCUGCAAAAACUAACGAGUCGUUUACAACGAGAGAAGUCACUUACCGGGGAGUGUUUGACGGAAGUUCUGGUCCGCUUUUACCUUGAGAAACAUGAGGUUCUAAUUGUGCGAUUCAUGAAUGACUUCCAGUCCUUAAAAGCCCAGGAUGAAAGAAUGGAUUCAGUGGAAAGAACAUUAGCGUAUUUAUAUGGGCAAUUAGUACAAGAACCAAUUUGGCAGUUUGCUGACCUUGAACGUAUAGCGUAUGCUAAAAAGAGCCUCGAAAGAUCCCUUAUGGCCCAAAUAUACACGUCUGCUCUUUAUCCCAACGGGGAAGCUGAUCAAUGUAGGGAUAGUGUGUUUCAUAAAUCUCUCUCACGACUGGCUCAAAUAAUCACUCCAGUCCAUCCGGAAUUGAAAAUACCUUCGAGGCUUCAUGGUGAGUGCCCCUGGCCUUCUGCACAGGCAGAAAUAACUAUAAUAAACGCGUACAAAUCACCGAGAGAUAAAUUAUCUUGUGUUGUGCGUUGCUGCGAAACGAUUCAGAAUCUGCUUAUACUAGCGAGUGGUCGCACUGUUCCAUCGGCAGAUGAUAUAACACCAGUACUGGUGUAUGUCCUUAUUCAGGCAAAUCCGCCAGCGCUGUUGUCAAACAUCCAGUACGUAAGCUCAUUUUAUGGUGAUAGAAUGGAAGGAGAAGAGGCGUACUGGUGGGCACAACUUACAAGUGCUGUACAGUUUAUCAAGACUUUGUUAAAUAAGCAUUUUUGA